UUCGCUUAAAAAGUAAACAAUUAAAAAAGCGCGCAAAAUGUCGGACCAGGAAGAUAACGAAAUCAAGGAUGAUAUAGAAAUCAAAAAGGAAAUUCAAAGUAUUAAAGAUAUAGACGAAAAGCCGACAAAUGAGCAACUCAAGGACACCAGCAAAAUCAGCUCCCUAAAAACACUGGGACCGUUUAUAGCAGCCAGGGAGAAUAGCCGGAAUACCGUGUAUCUCAGUGAUGUGCCGAAUGUUUGCAAGGAUCAGCCCUGCAUGCUGGGCGUGGACGAAGCGGGGCGUGGUCCUGUGCUGGGACCAAUGGUGUAUGGGAUCGCCUACUGUCCGCUGAACAGCAAGAAGGCUCUAGAGGAUCUGGGAUGCGCAGACUCUAAACAGUUGACCGAGGAGAAGCGCGACAUUAUAUUUAACGAUAUCAACACCAAGGAGUAUGCAAACAGUUGCGUUGGCUGGGCUGUUGAAAUCAUAUCACCAAAUACGAUCAGCACGAGCAUGUACCGGCGAUCCAAGUGUUCGCUAAACGAGGUGUCCAUGGACUCUGCCAUGGGCCUUAUCCAACGUGCCGUCGACGCGGGCGUAAAUAUAGCUGAGGUAUAUGUGGACACGGUGGGCCCCCCGGAGAAGUACCAAGAGAAGCUGCUCAAACGCUUUCCCAGCUUCAAGAUCACCGUGGCGAAGAAGGCCGACUCUACCUAUCCCAUUGUGUCUGCAGCCAGUAUUUGCGCCAAGGUCACGCGUGACCAUGCCCUCAAGGUUUGGAAAUUCCCUGAGGGUUUGGUCAUCAAGGACAAUGCCUUUGGCAGUGGCUAUCCGGGAGAUCCAGUUACCAAGAGAUUCCUGGCUGAGCACAUCGAUCUGGUGUUUGGAUUCCCUCGCCUCGUCAGAUUCAGUUGGUCCACUGCGGAAAAUGCGUUAGCGGACAAGGCCUACGACAUGGAGUUCGACGAACCGGAUUCCGAGAAGCCCAAGUACGCUGGCACCAAGCUCACCAAGUUCUUUAAGGGCACCACUAAAUCCGGAGAGGUUAUUCGCGAGGAGUGCCGCUUCUUCAAACAACGACAUCUGGGAAACGUCAUGGAGUUUUAGCAAAACCUGAAAUCUUUUUGUUUUAGUAUAUCUCUUAAUUAGGUCAGUUAGAAUGUACUCCGAAAGUUUAAAAUCUGUGUUGAGAGCUGGAAUCAACAAAAUCGAAUGUCCCAAAAGAAAAACCGCCAAACCCAAAAUAAAAAACUAUUUAAUUUGUAUCUUUAA